UUAUUUAUAUAUAUUUAUAUUAUUUUUGGCGCUGGGGAUUAGAACCCAGGGCCUUGUGUGUGCAAGGCAUGCACUUUACCAACUGAGCUAUAUCCCCAGCCCUGGUAGUCAUAUUUUUAUAUUCUGAUCUGAAACCCCCUGUCCCUGAGCAGUUAUGUUUCUACAGCUAAUAAUAGCAUUAAAUAUUGCCUUAGUGUAGUGGUUUAUGAACAUUAUUUUAAAAAAAUCUUUAUAUUUGACAUCUUAGAAAUUAAAGGAGAAUCAGUUAAUAAAAUACACAGCAGAGAUUAAAGGUAAUAAGAAUGAAAGUGUCAAUUAAGAAGGGAUCUGCAGAGCUGAAGAAUAAGUGUAGAAACUAAUGACCUAGAGGUCAGUCCUAUAUUCUGAGAGCCAGGUUGACAAGGAAGUAGAUAAUGACUCAUAGAUACUAAUUCAAAAUGCUCUUUCUCAAAUAAAGAUGUACUCACUUAUAAUGGAUUGUCAAACAAGGAAAAACACUUGUUUGGUUUGGGAACAAUCUUGGUUUAGAUGACUUAGUUUUAUUACAUUAUUAAAAACAUUUAGACUAAAUUUAUUUUUGAAUUUGUUGUAGUAUUGGGGAUUGAACCUAGGCACUCUACCACUGAGCUACAUCCCCAGCUCUUUCAUUUAUUUUUUAAGGUAUUACUAAGUUGCUGAGGCUGGCCUUGACCUCAGCCUCCCAGGUAACUGAGAUUAUAGAUGUGCACUAUUAGGCCUGACUGGAUUGCAUUUUUAAUUUAUUCUUUGAGUCAAUGUUCUGUGAACAUUUAUACUAGCUAUCAGGAACCAUGCAGGGAUAUAGUGUUAUGCAGAACAGAUUCUGUUGUGGCUUGCAUGGAUGGGAGAAAUAUGGAUGUUAAUUACAUGAGGAACCAGAUGAGAGUUCUAAAAGGAGACAUUGUUUCUCUCUCUCUCUCUGUAUGUGUUUGUUUGGGAGGGUGGGGGUUGGUGUAACACAUUCAGAAUUUAUGAGAAAAAAAUUCUAAUCUAUAGAUAGAUUAGUUGGAAUUUGCUAACCAGGGAAAGGAGGAGGGAAAAAGUAGUGGAUAGAAAGGAUUUUUUUUUUUUUCUAGACAGGAGGCUUAACAUGUGUUUGCAGGGGGGAAAACAAAAUAGACCUUGGUUUCUCAGGAUUCUAAGUUAUAUAAAUCCUGAGUUAUAUAAAUAUUUAUAUUGCCCUCUGACUACUUGAUGUACCUAAACAUGCUUUAUAAAGGUUCAUUUUUUAAAAAAUUGUAGCAUAUUUGUUAACUUAAAAAAAACAAAAACUGACAUAAGAAAUAUCGAGGGGGAGCAUUGAAUGAGUAUACUGUUAAAACAUUGCAGAAAGAAAUGACAGUUAUACUUAGGCACUGGAUAUUUCUAUAAAUACAUAGAUACAUAUUCAUUUGAGAUAUGAAGGUUUUCUUUAGUGGGUACUUUGUUAUUCUUACUCUCAUUUAUUUCAAGAUCAAACAGAAGUGAUUUUUUAAACCUUAUUUUAAAUUGAGAUAUAAUUAAAAGCACUUCUUAAGUUAGGACAGUUAUCUACACCCUAGUGACUUCUACACAUAAAUUUUAGAAUCACUCUGUCUUUUUUCAAAAUAGUUUGUUGGAAUUUUAGUAAAGAUUAUACCUUAAGUCUACACUACAGUUUAGUGAGCCUGGGUAUCUAUCUUAAUUAUGCUGAACUUUCUACCAUGCUUUUUUUAAAAAAUAAAAUAGUUAUUGGACUGGGGAUGCACAGCUAUAGUCCUGGGUGCUCAGGAAGCUGAGGCAGGAGGAUCACAAGUUUGAGGUCAGCUUGGGCAACAUAGUGAGACCCUGACUGACUAAACAGAUAAGUAGGAAGGAAGGAGAAUAAUUUUAGAUAACUGUCAGAGAACCAAACAAAUUCUAAACAUAAGAUCAAAAUUAAGGUAUAAUUUUCUAUAACUCUGACACAGAACCUAGACUGGCCCAUCAUAUUAGAUCAGGUUCUUCUGUGAGUAUAACCUUCUUUCAAAGUGUUUUUUCACUUUGUUCUGUUUUUGAAUGCUUGAGAUUGAACCCAUGGCCUGAACACAAUAAAUGCACUCUCUACUCAGGAGCUAUACCCUCAGGCUCAUGUUUUUUAAUUAUGUGCUUUUGACCAUCUUAUUGUGUAUCUCCAUGAAGUAUUAAGGCUCUUGUUAGUAAAGACUGAUUUCUGUCUUGUUCAACAUUAUAUCAUUAGGGUCUGGCGUUUAGUGGGUAUUCCAUUACUGCUUAUUGCAUAGAUGAAUUAAUUUUUGAGUGAAUAGAAAUUAGUGUCUCAAUUCUUUUUAAGCAGAUAUUCAGGUGACAUUGAACUGUAUGCUUCAGGAGGACAUAGACUUAUCUGCACUGUUCAUCAGUAAGCCUCAGCUAGUGAAUGAUGAGGCCCAUAUUUAAAUCUGUGUAGGAUCUGACUUCAUUGCCUGGGUUCCUAACCAUGAGUUUUGACUUCUACCUUAAGAAGGAACAAUUAGAAGUGGAAAGAAAACCAAACCUAAAUUAUAGCCAUAAUAAAAACAAAGUCUUCUCCCAGAAUGCACUGACAUAUUACAACUUUGCCAUACCAGAGUAAAUUUUUCAUAUUGUCUACUCACUGACAAAAUAUGAAAAAUGUUCAUAUGUUCUAGUUCUUAUAGAUUAUUCAGAUCCCAAAGACUAAUUUCAAGUUUUUUUUAAUGUUUUGAAAAAUAAGUGCUAUUUGAAAUUGUUAUGUCUUCCAUAGAUAUUAAGCCUGGGCUCAAAAACUUAUUUCCAGUUUUCUUCUGUUAAGGUAAAAUUAUUCCCCCCCAUCAUGUUUUGUGUCCCCUAAAAUGAAUCUCCUAUUGCUUUGUCCUCCCUUUCCCCUUCUAUAGUCUCCUGUAGUCAUUCUGUUUUAAAGCCAAAGAUGCUCAUGAGUUUAAGAAUUACAGCAGUGAAAAACUGGGCUAGAGAUUCACCAUAGGGAUUGCCAGUGGUUUAUCUUGAUUUACCUUCAUAUUAGAACUUCUGUGAAUGACUGAAGAAUCUUAGAUUGGAAGACAAAUCUUUGCCACUGAUAGUAGUAAUUGGUUUCCUUAGGCUGUACUGAGUCUGUGAAGUACAUGACAUUGAGCAGAUGUGGACCAUGAACCAAAUGAGAAACUGCUGCAUUUGCCUUGAGGCAAGUGGUAUCACCAUGCUUUUCAAACUGAGGCAUCAUAUUCCUGGGCAUAGAUGCAGGGAAGGUCUUAUAAGUUAUGGUUUUAUGUUUCUUGACUGCCAUUUUUGUGCCAUAGCUGAGAACUCAAAAUACUUUAAAAUUUUAAUUAAAAAAAUUUUUUUUUUUUUUUUUUUGGUACCAGGGAUUGAACUCAGGGGCACUCGAUCAUUGAGCCACAUCCCUAGUCCUGUUUUGUAUUUUAUUUAAAGACAUGGUCUCACUGAUUUGCUUAGUCCCUCACUUUUGCUGAGGCUGGCUGUGAACUCGUGAUCCUCCCUCCUCAGCCUCCUGAGCUGCUGGGAUUACCACCACUCUGCCUGACCAAAACAUUUUUAAAGAAUCUAAAACAAAAUUUUAUAUAUUCAAAUGCAAAUUUUAUUUUAUUUCUAGGAUCUUUCAAAAAACUUCUUGUGCUUGCACUGAGUUGUUGUACACUGUAGCCCAGAAUCAUCAGAUAGAUACAUGUGUAUCUUACACCUUGCCAUCAGAGAUAUUACAGAAAGACACAAGGUCUGAGAUAACAUGUCUUUGAAUAGGCACUUGGCCAAAGAUUUUAACUCCUGUAAAAGUUAUUUUAAAAAAAAAGUUUGUCAGUUGUAUUCAAGGCAUCAAGACAUUUGUUCUUCAACGAAUGUAAAGGUAGAAAUAGUUUUCUAUGGAGGAAUCACUGUAAUGUCGUUUUUUUUAAGUCUCAAAUUUUUUUUUAAAGGAUCAGAAUAGGAUUUUUUUUUUUAAUUUGGACAUUUCCUAAGGACAUUACUAUAGUAUUUGAUUCAUUAUUGAAGUAUGAAGUGAUACUAUAGGCAGGAAAGAACAGCUUUUAGGACUGUAUCUUAUAAAACAACAACAAAUAAAACAAUUUGGUACACUUCCAAAGUCAUAAUGCCUUCACUCCACAAAGGUCAGGACAGAAUCAUGGUCUUCAGCUCAUCUCCCCAUUAAGUUUAUUAACUUCUGGUUGAGUCCUACAUGGGCCCAAAUAGUUCAUGCCACAUGGAAAUAGACCCUGUACCCCAUAAGAAACUUGAGAUGAGAACUGCCCCUAAACUAGCCCUGUAGCUUUCCUCCAGAAGUUGUUCCACAGUCUGUAGCUAACUUACGUGCACCUGUGCUUUCAUAGGCAGCUAUGUCUUAUAGUCCAAAUACCUGGCAUUAGAUAUGAAUUCUGUUGUUAGGGCACAUGUGUUUCACACUGUUGCUGCAGUGUCAGUAAAACAUAUUGCUGCACCUGUGGAAAUUUCAGAGAGGUCUGUCCAGGGUAACCUUAGUAUCAGCAGCUUUAGUUUUAGCCUUUGUUACUAUGAGAUUUUUAAAAGAAUGUCCAAAGAAUUAAAGUGACCUUGAACUGAGUGAGGGUUUUUUGUUUGGUUUUGGUUUUGGAUACCAGGGAUUGAACUCUGGGGCACUUGACUACUGAGCCACAUCCCUAGUCCUAUUUUGUAUUUUAUUUAGAGACUGGGUCUCACUGAGUUGCUUAGUGCCUCGCUGUUGCUGAGGCUGGCUUUGAACUUGAGAUUCACCUGUCUCAGCCUCCCAAGCUUCUGGGAUUACAGAUGUGUGCCACUAUGCCCAGCUCUGAGUGAGGGUUUUUAACAACAGUGGUACAAAGGCAUUGAUGUUUGUAAAUAAAACACACCACUGCCUCUAAAGACAAAACUAAUUAACAAAAAAACAUUAUUGACAAAUUACAGUGAUUUGUCAAUACCAGUGAAUUACCAGUGAAUUAAUUCAGUGAGUACCAGUGAAUUCUUCUUUAUACCAGUAAUAACCUUGGAAUUUCUGAAUCACAGGAAAGAUGUUCUUUUUGUAUAACUGUUUUUUGAAUGGGCUCUUAUUUUUGGUAUUUCAGAUGAUAUUUUUAAAAAGAGGUUGUUUUUACUAAAACAGUGCAUUUUUACAGUGCAUUUUUUUAAAAUCUUUAUUUUUUAGUUUUCGGCGGACACAACAUCUUUUGUUUGUAUAUGGUGCUGAGGAUCGGACCUGGGCCGCACCCAUGCCAGGCAAGCGCGCUACCUACCGCUUGAGCCACAUCCCCAGCCCAAAACAGUGCAUUUUAAAAAACCAAGUGCUGUAGGAUAGUAUUAGAUGAAAGCAGAAUCAUCCCAAAUUCUCUAUGCAAAAAUAACUACCAUUGUUAACAUUCUAAACAAUUCUCAGUAUAUAGAGACAUAAAAGGAUGAGCAGAAGGGUAACAGGUAAAGGGAUGGAUAGUUAGAAAACUAGGAAUUCAAAAGGAGGCCCAGUAGUGUGCACCUGUAAUCUCAGCGGCUCAGGAGGCUGAGGCAGGAGGAUCGCAAGUUCAAAGCCAGUCUGAGCAACUUAUCAAGGCCCUAAAUAACUCAGUGAGUCCCUGUCUCUAAAUAAAAUACAAAAUGGAGCUGGGGAUAUGACUCAGUGGUUGAGUGCCCUGAGUUCAAUCCCUGGUACUGCCCUUCCCCACCCGCGCAAAAGGAAUCACAUUAUAUAUGCUAUUUGUUUUUUUUUAAUAAACCCUAUUUCUGUUUGAAUUUAGCCGAAAGGGAAAUUGAAGCCAUCUCUACCUUGAGAUAAAAAUCAAUUUACAAUAAGAAAUUCUAUAGUCAUUUUCUGAAAGCUUUCUCUAAGUUUAUGGAGAAAAACUAUUUGGGAAAAAGCUACGUUAUUUUCAUUUUUUUAAACUUUUCAUUUUAUUUUGUUUAUUUAUUUUGGUAUUGAUGAUUGACCCUAGAGGUGCUUCAUCACUGAGCCACAUCCUCAGCCCUUUCUAUUUUUCAUUUUGAGACAGAGUCUUGCUAAGUUGCAGGACCUUGCUCAGUGGCUGAGGUUGGCCUUGAACUUGGGAUCCUCCUGCCUCAGCCUCCACUGGGACUGUAGGUAUUGUGCCACUGUGCUCAGCUUAAACUUUCAAUUUUAGAUUUCCUCUAAUUUAUGAAAAUGGUUGUUCUUUGAAAGGUGAAGAAGUUAGCAUUCUAACAUUCUUCUUUUUUAAAAUAUUUUUUUAAUAGUAGGUGGACACAAUACCUUUAUUGUAUUUUUGUAGUGCUGAGGAUCAAACCCAGUGCCUCACACGUGCUAUGCAAGCACUCUACCAAAUGAACUACAACCCCAGCCCUCUAACAUUCUUUUUCGUUUUUUAAUUGUAGAUGGACACAUUACUGUUAUUUAAUUCAUUUAUUUUUAUGUGAUGCUGAGGAUCGAACUCAGUGCCUCACAGGUGCAAGGCAAGUGCUAUACCACUGAGCCAUAGCCCCAGACCCUUUAGCAUACUUUAGAAAGCAUCGCUCCCCUGAAUUGCCAAGUUUGUUUUUGUUUUAUGCUAUCCAGGUUUAUGAAAUUCAUAUUCUGAUUUUUCUUUUUUCUUUAUUUGUUCUUUUUAGCUAUAUAUGACAGUAGUCUGUUUUGACAUAUUCAUACAGACAUGGAAUAUAGAAAAAUAAUUGGCAAAUAAAUGAAAAAAAAAUGGAGUAUGUCUUAUCCUAAUUAGGAUCCCAGUCUUGUGGGUGUACAUGAUGGUGAGGUUCACUGUGGUGUAUUCAUAUAUGUACAUAGGAAAGUUAUGUUAGAUUCAUUCCACUGUCUUUCCUAUUUCUAUUCUUCCCUCCAUUCCCUUUUAUCUAAUCGACUGAACUUCUCUUCUUCCCCUUCCCUCUUUUUGUGUGUUAGCAUCUACUUAUAUUCUGGUUUUAAUCCGAAUUUUCACAGUUGUAUAAAAUUGAUUCUGUAUUUAAAUGCACGCAAUGCUAGAUAAGUUGUUUUGGUGUUAAUUCUUCAAUGAAUAAUGACUGAAAUAUUCUUCUAAGAUUAAAGGAUGGGAGGAGGAUAAAUAGCAUCAUGGAGACAUUAGAAAAUAUCCUUCUGGUUGCUCAAGGAACAUUCAUACGCUUUCACCAACUUCUCUUGCUUGUGGAAAAGAGGACAUGGGGCAUUUUGUGACCCUGGGAGACUUGUUGAAAAUUACUUACUUCACUGAUUGUGGGUCUUUACUAAAAUGGAAAGCGUUAAUAAUUAUAUUAGUUAAUAACUAAUAACUACAUGUUAAACUUAAUGCCUUUUAGUAGAGAUCAGUAUGCUAAGGGUUCUUGCAGGAUGUUUGCAGAUUUCCUCUAUUUUAUGAAAGUUUUUAUUCUAUGUACACGAUUUUUAAAGAUUCUUUGCAAUUCUCACCUAUGUGUAUUUCAUCUAGUCUUUGAUUCAAAUUGUCAUUGUCACUUUUUUAAGAUAUUAGGCCAUUAUUCUUUCAGAAAUCUUUCAUCAGCUCCCCACAAUAUUCAGGACACAAUUCAGACUUUAACAUGGCUUUUCAGGCAUAUUUUAGCUUACUGCUUAAUUUUACCUAGUUUAUCUCCACGUCCCAAUAUCAGCAUAAAAAUAGCUAGAGUAUUCAUAUAGUACUUCAUAGGCCAGGCACUGACCUAAACAGUCAUAAUAAUUGCUUGUAAUUCAGCAAACAGACCAUGUAAUUUCACUUUAUACCUCUUGUACAUUCUCUAUUCCAUUACUUGAGUAUUCUUCAUCAGUUUUUUAUUUAAUACUUGUUUUUUGAGACUCCAUUCAAUCACUUCUUAGAAGCUGAAUUCCUAUACUCACAUUCUGUACCCCAAACCCUCAUCUCUUAAAAUUGUUGUGAGAUGUCAGGGCACUGCAUAAACAUAGAGCAACAUGUACUGAUUGUUUUGUAUGACAUUAAAAUGUGUGAUGUCUCACACAAGCGGAACACAGAGUUCCCUCAAUUUCAUCCUGUAUGGCCCCUUUUCCUGCAGCGAGUAGUUCAGUAGGACUGAGUUGUCCAGUUUAAGAGCAGAAGAAACAGGUUUUAUAAUUCUUCAUCACCACCACUGCCUUCCUCAAACCAUAUAGUUGAAAACAUGGCCCACAGACAAGAGGCAAGAAAUAGGGAGAAGGGAAUGAAUAGGCAGUUCACAAAGAAGUGUAAGGGAUUAAUAAACAUAUAAACAUACUUAAUAAUUUAAUCUGCAAGGUAAAAUAUUUUGAGUGUUGUGCUGGCUGAAUUGGAAGUAUCAAAAAUCCAGGAACCAGGUGUGGUGAUUUGUAACUUAGUGAGGCCCUAAAGCAACUUAGUGAGAUCAUCUCCCUAACUUUUGGAGUCGUAAUCACUCCAAAAUAGUGUAUGUAUGUUCCUGUGCCUGUGUGCAUAAUCGACAAUCAUUAUUUUUUAUCUUUUUUGCUUGUUUAAUUGUCUCCACCCCAGUUCUUCUUUAGUAUAUAAAAUUGGUUUCAAAAAAACUAUAAUUUGUUGCCUUAUGUUGUUACCUUAUCAUCUAUAGUCUCUAUGUCUCUGCUACAGAUCUCUGAUUUUGUUCCAUAUUUAAAAAAUAAUAAAUACACAAUUAAAAAAAAAAAAAUAUAUAUAUAUAUAUAUAUAUAUAUAUAAAACAAAGGGCUGGGGAUGUGGCUCAAUAGUUAACUGCCCCUGGAUUCAAUCCCUAGUACCAAGAAAAAAAAAUUAGUAACAGAGAGUAGAUCAUGUAAAGUAUUUUUAUCCAAAAUGCUUGAGACCAGCAGUGUUUCAUAUUUCUGAGUUUUUUCAAUUUUGAACAUUUAUAUAGACAGUUGUUGAAUAUUCUUAAUCUGAAAAUCCAAAAUCUGAAAUGCCCCCAUAUCUAAAACUUUUUGAGCAUGGUGUUGGUGCUCAAAAGUUUUGGAUUUUGGUUUUCACAUUAGGGAUGUUCAACCUGUACAGCCCCUUGUGAGUACUUUCGCUUUUUCUAUGAAUAAAAUCAUAUGUAUUGUAGGCUUUUCAACAGGAGAAUGACACAGAAUGAUCUGGUUUAGUUUUAGCAACCUAACCAGCAGCUCUAUUAAAAAUAGGCCAGGAGUUGUGGUAGGUGUAGAGAAACCAAGAGUAUUAGCAUAGAUAAUAAAUUGGAAGUUUUUGUUACAUCCAUGCAAGUGAGACAUGAAGGUUGCUCCAUCUAUGUGCUAGUAGAGAAGGGAGAAGUGGUUAACACUAUGAAUGUAUUAGAUUGGUAGAGGAUUAGUAGAUGCAACAGAAUUUUCCUAUUGGGAAUGAGAGUAAGCAAAUGAGGAGAACUCACGAUUUUGAUUCAAGCAACUGAAAAUUUAGUUGCCCUUAACCAAAAAGGGGGAGACUUUGGGUGGAACAGGUUUGAAGGAGAAGGUAAAGAAUUUAGUAGAUACUCACUGUGAAAUAGCACUGAUAUUAUAAACCAAGGAUAUGAGAAAAAUGGCAGGAGGGGACCUUUCAUCGUCAGUCUCUUGUUCAGUAACCACGUGAGUUCUCACUUCAUCAGCUUGAUGUUAUUUCUGUUCUAUUUGUGGAAGUUUUGUAUUGUUUUGGUUUUAGUUUCCCAUUUAUGUGUGUACAGAGCACUCACUCUGUGCCAGGUGUUGUUUUACCUAAUUUUCCAAAUAUCAAUGUAUUUAAUUCUCAUAAAAACCUUAUUAAAGUAAGUUUAUUCUUCCCACACCUGUGUUACAGAUGAAGCAGAGGAAUUAAGGUCAUACAUCUAGGAAAGGUAGAAUUAAGAGUCAAACUUACAAAUUACGAGUCAAAUCUGUAACAGCUUGGUUCCAGAGUUUGUGUUCUAAACUACUAUGCAAUAGUGCUUUUCCUUUUUUUAAUUCCCUGUGACUUUAUUGUGGUCAUGAAUGGAGAAUAACAUCAGAAACUUAUUUCCAUGUCAUUUACUCACAGAGAGGUUGUAACUCAUGUGUAUUUCCAUAACUUUAAGAAAAUAAGUGUUAUUUUCACAAUAUAAAAAUGAACAGUAUGACUGCUAUUGCUGAUAUGAAAGCUGUGGAAAUUGUAUCUGGAGGUGCUUUUAACCUAGGCAGGAUCACCCCCCUCCCUCAAAACUGGGAAAUCAAACCCAUUGCUGGUGAAUGCUAUACCCCUGAACCAUACUCCCAGCCCUGGAAAGGGUUUUGUAUGAGAUCUUCUGGUUAUCUAAGUUGGAAAGUAACUACUAGUAAUAUAUCCUUAUGAUUCUGUUUACGUGUCUGGCAUGUUGCAGAAAGCAUUGGUUUGGGAUUUGUGAACUUGAUGAUGUUCUCUGCACUCUGUGUAAAGUUGUAUGUUGUUCUACAAUGGGGAUAUCUUCUGAAAAAUGCAUUGUUAGAAAUUUCAUCAUUGUGUGAACAUCAUUGUGUUCUUACAGAAACUAAAAUGGCUGUAACAUCAUAAGUGAUAUUAUCUUAUAGAACCACCAUUAUAUAUGAGGUCUGACAUUGACUGAAACAUCUUUUCACAGCAUGUGAUUAUCUUCUCCUUUUUAAUGUUGCUUUAGUUGCUUCACUGUUAAUAUUGAAAAUCCUUAGGAAGCUAGUGGCCUUUUUGCAUUCAGGUAUUGGUUUUGCUCUGUUUGGCUUAAACUGACCUUACCCCAAAGGGAGUGUAGCUUUUUAGUUCACAUUUCUCUUUAAUAAUCUCAGUGACCUUUAGAGUUGUGGGUUUGAAAUGCUACAACUUUGCAAAGUGUUUCUAUCAUUUGUUUUUUCCUGGAGGGCAUAGUCAGACUUUAAAAGGUAACAAUAUCAGUGGUUUUGUAGCAUUCAGCAAAUAUUUUAAGGCCAUCUUUUUUAGCAUCUAAUAUUCUUUUUUUUUUUUAAAAAAGAGAGAGUGAGAGAGAUAGAGGUAGAGAGAGAGAGAAUUUUUUAAUAUUUAUUUAUUUUUUUUAGUAUUUGGCAGACACAACAUCUUUGUUUGUAUGUGGUGCUGAGGAUCGAACCCGGGCCGCACGCAUGCCAGGCGAGCGCGCUACCACUUGAGCCACAUCCCCAGCCCCAGCAUCUAAUAUUCUUAACAGGGACCAUGUAAGCUCAGAGCAACACUGUAUGGUUUGUGUUUCUUGUUGUAGGCAUUAGUUAGUCAUCAAUACAGUUAAAUCGGAACCAAAACAAACCCCUUUUUUAUUGUAGUCAAGAUACUGUAGUUUGUGUUUACUUCUUAUAUUGAAUGCAAGUCAACACAGAUUAUUUGAAUAUCAAUUCUUCCAGCGAUCACAUAAGUAAUACAAUUUAGAAUGUAUAGGAGAAAAGUAAAUUCUUUGUAUACAGCAAAUGCCUGCAGAUAUUUGAGCUUAAUUCUCUCUGGCAACCUGAUUAAGAAAAGCUGAUUUGGGCAGUCAUCUCUUUUUGGGAGCUUCAAGAGCUAAGGAUGAUUUAAAAAAUAAAUAAAUAAAUAAAGAGCUGUUUAAAAAAAGAAGAGACAGAUUGUAUGUGGCUGGCAACAUCUGAAAUACUAUCUGGUCUUUUAUGGAAAAGGUUUAUUCAGGGGAAGGCACUCAGAUUUGAAUCUCAAAAUCUCUUUUUGCUGCAUGACCUCAUUGAACUGUUAAAUAGGAGAUAGUUUUAGUACCUAUCUUGUUGGAAAAAUUAGAUAAAAUAGUGUCAAGUUUUAAAAAACAGUUUAAUGAAUCUUAGCAACUAUUGUAUAUUUAGUAUGGAAUAUAAAAUGAUAUUUCUUUAUGAAUAUAGUAUAUAGCAGAUACAAAGCAAUGGUAUUUCGGUUGAGAAUAUUAACCAGUACUGUGAUAUUUUAUAGGUUCUUAUGAUAGAAAUGAAUCUUUUAAAAACUAUUAUCUGACAUUUUCCUUUUUUUAAAAAACCAUUUUCAGUAUUUGGUAAUUUCUAUGAAUAGCAUGAUUUAAUUAUUGUCUUUGUGCUGAUUUCUGUCUUCUAGCCUCCUGCUAUUGCUGUUGGUUUGAGUUUUAUUUACCCCUUAUCCCACACACUGAGGAUUGAAUCCAGGAGCACUCUAUCACUGAGCUACAUCUCAGCCCUUUUUAUUUUUUAUUUUGAGACAGGGUCUUGCUAAGUUCCUGUGAUUGGCAUCAAACUUAAUCUUCCUGCUUCAGGCUCCUGUCACUGAAAUUACGAAUAUGUGCACCCAGCCUUGGUUUGAGUUUUGAGUCCUAGAGAAGUAGUUCUCAGUCUUUUUUGGUCUGAGGACCCUUUAAAAAUUAGUGAGCACUUUGAGGAAUUAUUUGACUAACAAUUUAUUUGAAAAUAACAAUUAACUCAUUACACUUAAACAGCAUUUCCAUGAAAAUCAUUGUUUCCCAAAACAAAAAAGAAUUUAUAAAAGGGCCACUGUUUUUUUUACAUUUUUGCAAAUUUGUUUAAUGUCUAAGUUAAUAGAAGAUAACUGGAUCCUUAUAUAUCUGUUUUUUCAUUCAGCUCUUCCAUAUAUUUUUUUGUUUGAAGUAUGUGAAGAAAAUCCAGCAUAAUUCAGAAAUGUUGAGAGAGAGAGGAAUAUUUUAACAAUUUUUCAGAAAAUUGUUGAUAUUUUUCUUUGAGUAUAAUACUUUACAAGUUUUUAAAAAAUUAUUUUUUUUUUGAGAAUGAUUUUAGGUACAUAGCAAAAUUGAGCAGAAAGUAUAGCAUUCCUAUAUGCCACCGUCCCCACACAAGUGCAGCUUCCACUCUUUGAAUACCCCAUAUCAGUGGUACAUUUUUCAGUUGAUGAACAUACACUGACACAUCACUCUUAUCCAAAGUCUAUUAUUUACAUUAGGGUUCACUCUGUGAAUGCAUUCUGUGAGUGUGUGUGUGUGUGUGUAUCAUACAUAUAUCAUCAUUCAAGUAUUUUAGUGCUCUAAAAUAAUCCUCUGUGCUCUGCCAGUUCAUCUCCCUCCCACUACUCUUGACAACCAUUGAUCUUUUACUGUCUCCAGAGUUUUAUGCAGUUAGAAACACAGUAUGUAGUCUUUUCAGAUUGAUUUCUUUUAGUUAGUAAUAUUCAUUUAAAUUUCCUCUGUGCCUUUUCAUGACACAAGAGCUCAUUUCUUUUUAGCAGUAAAUAAUAUUUUAUUGUUUGUAUAUACCACAGUUUGUUUUUUCACUUCCUGAAGGACAUCUUGGUUGCUUCUAGGUUUUUACAGUUAUGAGUAAAGCUGCUAUAAAAAUGCAUUUGCAGGUUUUUAUGUGGGUAUGUUUUUAAUUCAUUUGGGUAAAUACCAAAAGUGUGAUGCUGGAUUGUAUGAUAAGAGUAUGUUUAAUUUUAUAAGGAACUGCUGAACUGUCCUCCAUGGUGACUACUAUUUAUCAUUUCCAGCAAUAAUGAAUUAGAGUUCUUAUUGCCCUAUAUCCUCACCAACAUUUGAUGUCUAUAUUCUGCCCAUUCUAAAAAGUGUGUGGUAGAAUCUCAUUUUUUAAGAUUUGUAAUUCCUUACUGAUAUGUGAUGUUGAACUCUUCAUAUACUUAUUUGCCAUCCGUAUGUUUUCUUUUUUUAGGUGUCUGUUAAAAGUCUUUUGCCCAUUUGCAUUGGAUUGUUUUUUUGUUUUUUUUUAAUUUUAAUGUAUUAUUUUGGAUAACAGUCCAUUAUCAGGUAUCUUCUGCAGGAUAGUCUCCCACUUUAUGCUUUGUCUUCUCAUUCUCUGAAGUGGUAGUUUAUUUUUAAAUUAAUUAUUACAUAUUAUAGUUUAUGAAAAUUGCAUGUAUUUGUGGCAUACAACAUGUUUUGAUAUAUGUGUACCUUGCAGAAUGGCUGAAUCUAUAGAAGAGUUUCUUAAAGGUUAAGAAAUGUGGAGGUCUGGGGCUGUAGCUUAGUGGCAUAGAGCUUGCCUAGCAUGCAUGAGGCACUGGGUUCGAUCCUCAACACCACAUAAAAAUAAAUAAAUAAAUAAAAUAAAGGUAUUGUGUCCAACUACAAUUUAAAAAAAAUAUAUUAAAAAAUGUGGAAUCUAGGCUGGGGAUGUAGGUCAGUGGUAGAGCCCUUGCCUAGCACUCUCAGGCCUUGGGUUUGAUCCUCAUCACCUCAAAAAGAAAGCAUACCCAUAUAACGCAUGAUUUCAAAACAUAUUAAUAUGCCAUACUAUUAAAUAUAUAAUAUUUUAAUAAUAAUUAUAAAUUUAUAGAAUUAUAACAUUAAGUUCUUGGUACUUCUGUUUGUUGUUUUCUAUCGCUAUGACGAAUUGUUCUCUGUAAAUUUUAGUUUUUGUUUUUUAAUUGUGGGAGGGUUGUGUUUUACCGAAUGUCUCUCCCUUCAACCCCCAUAGAAAUACUAUGUGAGCAGAUUCUAAGAGCUUAUGUCUUAUUAGCCACCCUCCAUAUCUUUGGUAACAUAAAGGGCCAACUUUAUGUUAUGUUUAGAGUUAGGAGUUCUUAGAUAGUUCAGAUAGUGGAGUGAUUCUCAAAGUGUAGCACAUUGAAUGUGUAUUUGGGGGUCAUGUAUUGUGACUCUUGUGUUUUGGGGGUUUUAAGUUUUUCUUUUUAAAUUCCAAACACAGCAAAUAGCAGGAGAUAAUACUCACAUAAACAAAAACUCUUUAGGGGCCUCAAUAAUUUUGGAGAGUUUUAAGAAAUCUUGGAACCAAAACAUUUUGAAAGCUGCUGAAGUAGUAUGUAUUUGGAUUCUGAAACUUACAUAAGGCACAAGCAAAGGGCUUCAGUUUCUUCAGGAAAACUUCAUUUUUCUCUUCUUAGGAGAAGCAACAAAAUAAUCUGUUUUGUCAGUGGAUAGCAGUUUUCCACCUACAUUCAAUCCUUUCUUCACCUAAGGGAGCUGUGUUUCUGGGACAACACUUUUCAAACUUGAGGUUUGAAAGUAUUCUUGAAGGGCUGUUUGGACCUGCAUUAUUAAAAGAUCUCAGUUUAUUUAAAGAGUGUGAACCUGAAGGCAUUUCUGAUUGGACUUUUGAUGAAAAUUGUCUGUUCUGUUGCUUGAGAAGAGAUAAAGUAAAGCACUUAUACACUGUUAGUACCAAAAGAUGCCCCGGAGUUAUCUAUGCCUUCACUGUCCCAGCCCUGGGUUUCUCCAAGGAGCCUACUUCCUUUUAAUUGAAGAAUUGCAUAAAAAUGGACACUUAGUCCGUCUGGAUGAACCAGCUUCGGGAGCUGGGCAGGAAGCUCUGCUUAAACAAGAGCAAGCAAAAAUCAUUCGAUUCGAGAGACAAGCAGAAGAGUUCCUCAAUGCAGUCUUUUAUAGAAAAGACAGUCCCUGGGUCUUCGACCCCAAUAUUCCCCUAGUGGCCCGUGAGAUCAUGCAGCGAAUGAUCCAACAAUUUGCUGCUGAAUAUACCUCAAAAAAUAGCUCUACUCAGGACCCCAGCCAGCCCAAUAGCACAAAGAACCAAAGCCUGCCGAAAGCAUCUCCAGUCACCACCUCUCCCACGGCUGCAACUACUCAGAACCCUGUGCUCAGCAAACUUCUCAUGGCUGACCAAGACUCACCUCUGGACCUUACUGUCAGAAAGUCUCAGUCAGAACCUAGUGAACAAGGUGUUUGUGUCUCUGCAGACGGUGUACUUGACCUGUCUACUAAGAAAAGUCCGUGUGCUGGCAGCACUUCCCUGAGCCAUUCUGCAGGCUGCUCCAGUACUCAAGGGAAUGGUGAGAAUUCAACAGAAACUCUAGCAGUAGAUUCUAACAAUCAGUCGAAGUCCCCACUGGAGAAGUUUAUGGUCAAACUGUGUACUCAUCAUCAGAAGCAAUUCAUUCGUGUUCUGAGUGACCUGUACACUGAAUCUCAGCCAGGCAUCGAGGACCUACCACCUUUGGAUUCUGGAGCAAUGGAUGCAUCCAUUUGCAACGCUGGCUGUGCCCAGCUAAGCAGCAGCCAUAGGGAAAAGGAUGCUAUGUGUCAUGAUAGGAAGUCUCCUACUUCUGUAGAUUUGUUUGUAGACUCAUCCGGCUCUCACAGCUCUGUGCAUAUCACAGAACAGACCCUGAAGGAACCUCCUCCUGAGACAAACUCUGUAGAUGGAAGAGAGAAUGCCUUGACUGUUGUCCAGAAAGAUUCCUCCGAACUUCCAGCCACUCAACCUAAUUCUAGCAGUUCAACAGAUAGUUCCACUCUGGGAUACCUCACUGUGUCUAAUUCUUCCUCACAGAACUUCCACCACAUCUCUAAAAGCUUGGAGGGGCAAACCACUGGAAAGGAGCAAGACACAAAUAUGAAAACAUGUGAGGACAGUAAAGACCAUAUGCAGAGUUCAGCUUUAGUGGAAAGUCUCCUUGGAGUAAAAGUGGCAGCUGAGAAUAGCGAGGAGGGCAAUAGCUAUGUUGUUUCUCAAAGAAAUUCAUUCAAAGCUUUAUCAGAAGAGAAAUGGGACUCAGGGUUUAUGGAGAACUCAUCUAGAACUGCCGACAAAGAGAAUGCUCUACAGUGUGGCUCAAAAACACCUUUGCGCCAGGAUUUAGAGGCAGAUGAACAAGAUGCAAGGCCAAAGCAAGAGAACCAUCUUCACUCACUAGGAAGAAGUAAAAUGGGUUACCAUUCACAUCCCAGUGACAAGGGCCAGUUUGAUCAUUCCAAAGAUGGUUGGUUAGCCUCCAGCCCUGUGCCAGCUAUACACAAAGCACCUAAUGGACAUUCACGAACCAAGAUGAUAUCAGCCUCCAUCAAGACAGCUCGGAAGAGUAAAAGGGCCUCAGGGUUGAGGAUAAAUGAUUAUGAUAACCAGUGUGAUGUUGUUUAUAUCAGUCAACCAAUAACAGAAUGCCACUUUGAGAAUCAAAGGUCCAUAUUAUCAUCUCGUAAAACAGCCAGAAAGAGUACUCGAGGAUACUUUUUCAAUGGUGAUUGUUGUGAGCUGCCAACUGUUCGCACAUUGGCCAGAAAUUUACACAUCCAGGAAAAAGCGAGCUGCUCACCACUGGCAUCAGAGGCAGUUGUGAUGCCCAAGCAGACUCUUACAGUUUCAGCCCCUAGACACACAGUAGAUUUGCAGCUUCCCAGAGAAGACCACACUGAAGGACCUAGUAAAGAAAUAACCUCUUUCAAGGAGGGAGGUGGAGACACUUCAUCAGUGAAAGAGUCUCAAGAGCCUGAGGUUUGUUCCAUGAUGAAUGAACUGAAUCCCAGCAGUUCCUCUAGGCCAGAGGAGAUGACAGCAUCCAAUCCGGUGUGUCCUGGGCCUGCUCACCUCCCUGAAGAGGAUGCGCCAGAAGACAGUGCUGCAGUCUCAGCUCCCACUACAAGUGUGGUGUCUUCCCCUGAACAAGACCAACAGCCAGUUGCCCUGCUGGAUGCAGAGGAGCUGAGCGUAAUCCAGGACUGCCACCUGGGUCCCACAACUGAAAGCAUUUCUGGGCAAAGUAGUGAAGAAGUUCUUUGUAAGCCUCUGUCUUCUCCUGAAGUGAUCAGUAGAGAAGAAAGUCCUCUGUGCUUAGAAGAUCAAAGUCCCGCUGUGGAGGUGGAGCUUCCCCUGAGUCUGACACAGACUGAGCACAAGCACAGUACUGAGGUCAGGACUGGAGACACUAGGGAACUAGAUACCAACUCACCCCAGGAAGCAGGUGGCACUGAUACUGAUGAAAGCUGUGGUGAGACUGAGGAAGGAGAGGCAGCAUGUGUUACAAGGCAAGAAGGAGAAGACAGUGAUAUAAAAUGCUCUUCAGAAAAAGAUGUGUGUGAUCUAAACAUUGACUCACCAGAAGAGAAUCUGGACAAGAAGAAAAAAGUUAAAAAAUUUCCUGAGGCCUCUGAUAGAUGCCUAAGAAGUCAGCUUUCAGAUUCUUCCUCUGCAGAUAGGUACCUAAGAAAUCAAAGUUCAGACUCUUCCCUCACUUGUCCUGAGACCAAGGUUUCUAAAAAUCCUGGUGUAAAGUGUUCUGAAAGAGAAGGGUACACUGGUAGGAUAACACCCGAGGGCUUUCCAUCUGAUAGUUUCCAUACAGAAGCUCUGGAGGAUACCGAAAACCUGAAUGUCAGUGAUUGUCCCUCUGAGAACGAUGCUGAGCAGGAGAGUGAAGGAGGUGGGAUUGUCACAAGGCAAACUUUUAAAAACAUGCUGGCAAAAGACAUCAAGAAGGAAGAAGGGGAGAUUUUCCCCAGCAGUGAUCCCAUAACCACAGUCAGCCAGCCACUGUCUGGAGAGAGACUGGAAAUCUAUGUGCAGUCUAAGGUGGGUGAGAAAAAUGCUCUUGUUCCCUCUGAAAAUAUUCCUUGUAGGGAGAACCUAGAGCAAUCAAAAGAGAGGCCAGGACACACUCCCACCCAGAAUGUGGAAGAGGGUAAGAGUGAGGUAGAGAAUGAGGACACUCAGCAUAAAGAAGAUGCUAGCCAUGCCCCAGCUACCCCAGUUGGGACAUCAGGUGGUCGAGGUGGUAAUGAUGCUGGGCCACAAAGGGAACCAAGGCCUAAGAGAUUGACCUCUUCAGCGUACAAUCUGAGACAUGCUCAUUCUCUGGACUCCUUGGAUACUAUGAAAGUUACUUCAGACAAGGAAGCUGCACAAAUAAAGCCAACACCAAAGGAUAACGAAGCUUCCGAGAGCACAGACCCCUUUGAGGAGGAGGAUGUGGACACAGUGGUAGACGAACAGCCCAAGUUUGUGGAAUGGUGUGCUGAGGAGGAGAAUCAGGAGCUCAUUGCCAACUUCAACACCCAGUACAUGAAAGUGCAGAAGGGUUGGAUCCAGUUAGAGAAAGAAGCACAGCCAACACCCAGAGCCAGGAACAAGUCAGAUAAACUGAAGGAGAUCUGGAAAAGCAAAAAAAGAUCCCGAAAAUGUAGGGGUUCCUUAGAGGUUCAGAAGUUUUCUCCUGUUCAGAUGCUCUUUAUGACAAACUUUAAAUUAUCCAAUGUUUGUAAGUGGUUCUUAGAAACAACUGAAACCCGGUCCCUGGUAAUUGUAAAGAAACUCAAUACUCGUCUUCCAGGAGACAUCCCCCCUGUCAAGCAUCCUCUUCAGAAGUACUCUCCUUCUGGCCUGUAUCCUAGUUCACUGCAGGCUGAACGCUUGAAAAAACACUUAAAGAAAUUUCCUGGAACUACUCCUGCUAGGAAUAAUUGGAAAACACAGAAGCUCUGGGCUAAAUUUCGAGAGAAUCUGGACCAAGUGGAGACAGAAGAUGGCAGUGAUAUCAGCCUCAGUCCUAAUUCUGAAGAUGUCACAGAGGAAGUCAAGGAAGAUAGAAGUAGCCAUCCUCCCACUAAUCUACCUACUCCAGCCAGUACCCGGAUCCUUAGAAAGUAUUCUAAUAUUCGAGGAAAACUCAGAGCCCAGCAUCGACUGAUCAAAAAUGAGAAAAUGGAAAGUCCACUAGGUGUGGCUGUGGAAAGUAAACAGAGUCGGAAGAGUGUGUGCAUUAACCCUCUGAUGUCCCCCAAGCUCGCCCUCCAGGUGCAUGCAGACGGGUUUCCCCUUAAGCCCAAGAGUACAGAAGGAAUGAAGGGAAGGAAAGGGAAGCAGGCGUCUGAGGUCUUGCUUAAAGCUGAAGUUCAGAAUAAACGCAAGAGAGCAGAAGGCUGCAGCUCUCAGGACAGUAAGGACAAGGGGCCAGCAAUAAGGGCCAGCAAAGAAAAACAUGUUGAAGGACCCACCAAAACUCCUGCCAAGAAGCCAGCUGCAAGAGACAAAACCAACCAACUGCCUAAAAAGAUGUCUUUGAAAGAGAACAAAAUGAAGAUCCCUAAAAAAUCCUCUGGGAAGAGCUGCCCUACCUCCAGGAAAGAAAAGGAGAAUACCAACAAAAGACCUGCCCAGUCCAUUGCCUCAGAAGCAGUGGCAAAAUCUACAAAGCAAAAGGGGACAGGUGAGUCCUCUUCUAGGCCUCAGAAAGCUGCAAACAGGAAACCAAGCAGUGGGAAGACUCGGGCCAGACCCUUGAAAAGUCCAGAGAACAGUGCAACUCAGAGAAAGAGAAAGCUCAAGGCGAAGCUGGACUCUUCCCACGGCAAACGGAGGAGGCUAGAGGCAAAGUGAUGGAAGAAUGGCAGCCAAGGGGGAGACUGUUCUUUAGGAGUAACCUUUAAUUUUGCAUUAACUAAAUCUGCUUUUAUAAGCUUGUCAAACCUUUCAAAUUAUGAAUAGUGGAGAACACCACAAUUUGAGAUGUCAGAAAAUAUGUCUCAGGUGGAGAAGAGAACUUGCAGAGUCCUUCUCUGAGGCUGAGUAAGGGAAGUUAUAUAUUUUAUUCUGGUUGUUCCUUGGGUUUUAAACUUGGAACCAAGCAGUUUUCGUUUUAAAAGUACAGUGCCUUAUUUAUCCUUUUUGUUUUUAAAUUUACAAAAGCUAAAAAGCUGAUCUAUGUGAUUAAAGGCUUGUAUUUUAUACUUGAUGCACAAGCACUUGUACUGUAGCAGAGAAGACCACCAUCAUGCACACGAAAGGAGCUUCAGCAGCCACCUACAGCGGCUGUCCCUGUAGGUGCUCUCUUUGCAAACCACAGCAGUGACUUCCCUGUUUUGUUUUUUUGUUUUGUUUUGUUUUGUUAAGUGAUGUUUGAAAGCUAAACCAAAUCAUUAUUAUGGUAUGUGGAGAAUGCAGAGGAUUUAUAAUUAUUAUAAAAGAUUAAUUUUUUAUUAUCCUCUUUUUAAAAAAUCACAUUCAUUGUUGAUCACUCCUUUCAUCUUUGUUUUUUGUUUGUUUAGUUAUUUGGUUUUUUUUUGUUUGGUUGGUUGGUUGGUUGGGUUUUUUUUUUUUUUUUCUUUUUUUAAUUGGUCAUUUGACAUGUUCUCUAAAUUAUGUGCCCUUGGGACAAAUGAUGUGUCACAAGUGUAAAUUCUGGUUUUUGAAUUCUGAAAAUUAUUUGCAUUCCCAAAUUGUAUUACUGAUUCUUAGCAUCCUCUUUUUCAUUUUUGGCUUUGCAAGCUUACUAGCAUGCUAAUAAGGUUUUCCUUCUGUUUUGGGAGGAAAAAUAAUUUUUUAAAUACCAUAACUGUAAUUUGACAAUUAGGAUGAGAGUAGCUAUUCUUAUUUCCUUUCUUAUCCACAGUACUUCCCUGUUCAGAGAAAGCCAAAAUAUCAUUUUCCAUAACAGGAAUGUUUGUGUGUGUGCAUGUGCAUCCAGGUGCAUUUGCAUGUGGUUAUCAGCUGCAAAUGUCUCCUGAUCCUGGUUUUACAGUAAAAUUCUUCUUUGUGCAGUGUGUACAUGAGCUGAAUAAUUAGCGCAAACUAGACGGUUUUUUAAUGACCCAGGGUUUCCAUGGACAUACCACAGUGGCACCAGGCUGAGAGAGGUGUUGAAUAGCACAGUUAUGUAGAGGUCAGAGCACCCUGGCAUCUGGAAGCAGCUGCCCAAGCAUCUUAGUGGUUCUACACCCCUGCCCCCAGAGCUGAGGUUCAGCUGGGAUGCUCUUGAGUAGAUAUCCAUUUAUGUUAGCACCAUCCUGGGGAUUAAAUGCUUAUAGUAUUGUUCUUCCCCAUGCCAUGUCAUUCUCUGUCCCAUGACUCAGAAGUGAGAGCUGUAAUAUUUGUAAUUGAUGUUGUUUACCUCUCCCCAGUGAAGCCCAGAUAGGCCUAUUGGCUUUACUCAGUGCCUGUGACAUUGCUCUCUCAUAACACAGUGUGUACUUGACAUUUCCAUUGGGCCACCAGCAAACAGGCUGGGUUGUUUAAGCCUCAGUCAACUUCCUUAACAUAUUUUGUCACCAGAAUAGGCUUGUGUGGAUAGAUGUUGCCCUGUGAUUACUUUAAAAAAAAAAAUUUCCAGAUCUCUUUAGAUUAACUCAGAUGGACUUUUUUGACUUUUUUACUUUUGUUCAUUCAAAUCAUGAUAAAACAGGUCAUAUGCCCAUUCUGUUAAAGAUUUGCUGUAUAUAGGAAACUCUGAUGAUGGGAUAGGACUGGAGAAAAGCAUGUGAUUUAUGAGAAAUAGGGAAUUGUGUUGAAUUUCAGAGAAAAUGAAGCUUGCUGUCUUUAAUGAAGCCUCCACCCCUCCCCACCUUGGCCCUUCAAAAGCUACCUGUAUUAAUGAAACUGUGGAGUGUGUUGCUGGCAUCCCUUUCUCAGCACUAAGUUGCACAAAAGCAUUACUAUGUUUUCAAUACAUCCAUUUAAUCUUAAAAAUGGUUUUAAGGUUUAAAAAAUAUCUUUUCAUAUAGUUGUCACUGGAUAUUGUUUUUGUGGUGACUUAAACAACUGAUGUUUGCCACUGUCAGGUGUGCUGAUUCCUGAACAUAAGAGGUGCCCCUUGACUGCUUAUAGACUACCUUGUAAGGUGCUUGGAUUAGGUUAGGGAGAGAAGUGAGGUAGUAAGUUGAUGGAAUUUUUCCAGUUCCAAGUUUGUAAUUCAUUCCAUUACUUUUCUAAGUUCUUUUUUUAUUUUUAAAGCUCACUUUAAGGUAAUAACUUUCUCAUUCUAGGCUGUAUUUGAGGAAGUGUUGAUGUAUUUGUGAUGCACUUAGCAGUGCAAUGGAUCAUUUUUAGAAUCAACUCAUCUUUCAUAGUAGUAACUACAGUUAAACAGAUUGAGAUGCCACACAAUUAGGACACUUAAAAGUUUAGACUUGUUUUCCUAUUUGUUAAAUCUGAUUCUUGUUGAUUCAGUUAGUUUUGCUAAUAAAAGAAAGAAAACAAAAACUCCAGGGCCAACUCUGGAAGGCCCUUUGUACCUAUAGCAGAUUCUUGAAAAGUUAUCUCCCAGAUAUCUCCAAGUCCACGUUUGGUAUUGAUUCUAGUCUCCCCUUGUUUGCCUUCCUCUUCAGAGACCUUCCCGUAGCCAUUUUUGGCUUGCCACCAGAUGUAAAGGCAGUCUUGUCUAGACCCCAAAUCUGAGAGGAAUUCUGUUCCUGGGCCUACCCUCAGUGAAGUGACUGUCCCAGUGCUGAAGUUGAACACCAGAGGAUUAUAUUUCCUCUGAGUUUCUGGGGGAACUGGAAGAUCCCUAAGAAACCACCCGUAAAACUACCAUAGCUUCCCCAAAGCUGGGCCUCCUCUAGACCAUUUUCUAUCCCAUGAGGCUCCCUGGGUGUAGUCUACAUUCUCAGUUGGGUCCAGAGCCUUGCCCCUAGCACUUCUGAGACUUCCUACCUGUGAGUGUUAACUUGCAUCUAUAAUCAGCAGUUGCUAGCCCCUGAGAUUCCUUAUUAAAGAGUUCUAUGUAGUCUUCCCUAAAACGGUUUUGUGCCUCAUCCUUUUAUGAUGUUACAGAGAGAAGAGACAUCUGUAGUCAUCUCUUUACAUAUACCAUGCUUUCUCAUGGGAUCCUCUGCACAUCACAUACUCUUCAGGUGAAUUUCUCACUGUUCAGAUAGGUCAGUAAUGAAAGGCAUCAUUUCAAAACAGCUUCUUUGAAUUGAGAUUUGGCCUUUUUCCCACCUUGUGAUGGAUUCAAUUGAAGGGUAGAAACUGUCACUCAUUUAUGGCAGCAUUUCUAUUGAUUAGUAGGCCUGAGAGUCUAGUAGGAAAGGACAUUUUUUAAAAAAUAUUUUUUUAGUUGUAGUUGGAUAUAAUACCUUUAUUUUAUUUAUUUUUAUGUGGUGCUGAGGAUGGAACUUAGCACCUCACACAUGCUAGGUAAGCGCUCCACCACUGAGCUACAACCCAGCCCCAUCAGUUUCAUUCUUACAAAGUUCUUUGUUUCCUGUAGCAAAUGAGACAUUGUUCUAUUGAUACAGCACAGGGGCUGCCAUCCCUUUUUACUACAACUCUUUAGCAUUGAAUCUUCCUUUUAAUCACCCAUCACAGAACCACAGUGAGGCCAAAACCAUGAGCAAAUUAGGAUUAAGAGUUCCAAAAGUAUGUGAGCCAGCCUCCCAUUUCACUCACAUAGUAUGUAAUCAGAGAACUGACUGUGGCCACGCUUCUUUUUUAUUAAGAUAAGCCAUGACUUUGUUCUGUUAAAAUUAGUUGAGAGUACUUCAGUUGGACCUCAGUCCUCCAUACAUCCUGUUUAGAUGUGAGGAAAAGCCUUUUCAUAGAAUAGAAACAAAAUCUCACAACAGACCCAAAGCACUGUUUACUUUUAAGUUUGAUUUUGGUUUUGAAAAAUAAAAAUUAUUGGCACUAAUAACUUUUCAGUCAAAUACUCUCAAACUAACUUUAUAUUAAAGUAAGACAACAAAUAAAACUAGAGGCUUUUGAAGUGCUUUUGAAAAAAAUGAUGAAAAAUUGGAACAUACUGCAUACUGAAUGUGACUGAGAGGCUUGGGAAUAAUAUCUUUAAACCAAAUCCAGUCACUUCCAAGGUGGUAGUCCUCUCCUUCCCCCAAAACUCAAGGGUAAGUUUCUUCCAAAUGAAGUGGAAAAUCAUGUUAGAAAAAAAUUUUUAAUGUGGGGGUGGUACUGGGGAUUGAACCCAGGAUUGUUCUGCUACUAAGCUACAUUCCCAACUUUUAACUUUUUGUUUUGAGACAGAGUCUCACUAAGCUCCUUACGGCCUUUAAGUUGUUGAGGCUGGCCUAGUACUUGCAAUCCUCCUGCCUCAGCCUUUUGAGCCUCUGGGAUUAUAGGCAUGUGCCACUCAUGCUCAGCCAGUGAAAAAAUUCUGUCAGUGGCCCCUAAGGAGUGAUGGUCUCAGUUGUUUUGAAACAUUUAUUAUUUUAAUUUUUCCCCCUUUGCAAUGCAAGGGUUGGAACCCAUGGCCUUGCACAUGCUAGGCAAGUACUCUACCAUUGAUAUACAACCCACCCCAAUUCUUUUUAAUUCUUAGCUGUUACUUUUAUGUCUGAUUACAGCUUGAUAUUCAUUGAAAUACUGAAAUAAAAAAUUUUUAAUUUUUUUAGAUGUUGAUGGACUAUUAUUUUAUUCAUUUAUUUAUAUGUGGUUCUGAGAAUUGAACCCAGUGCCUCACACGUGGUAGGCAAGUACUCUGCCACUGAGCCACAACCCCAGUCCUUUUUUUAAAAUUUUUUGGUGGGCCUUUAUUUUGUUAAUUUAUUUAUACGUGGGGCUAAGACUCAAACCCAGUGCCUCACACAUGCCAGGCAAGCACUCUACCACUAAGCCACAACCCCAGUUCCUAAAAAAAUUUUUUUUAAAGUAUGGAAUCACAUCUGUAUAUCACAUCAGCAAGGUGGUCUUCACAUCCAGGAUAAGUACUCUUCCCCAUGGUUGCUUCCAAAUCCUUUUCAGGGGGAAAAAAAAUCAAUAGAUAAUUGUAUUUAGGGGCUGGGGAUUUAGCUCAGUAGCAGAGUGCUUAGGCUUGGCAAGACUGAGGCCUGGUUCAGUCCUAGUCCUGAAGGGGGUAGGGGGAAAGUGAGGAAACUCCCACCCCCAAAAAAGAUUGUUGUAUUUAAAACAAGCAGUAUUAGGGGAACCCUUUUGAGACUGCCUUCAAUGUUAAUUUAAGCUUGAAACAUCAAAAGAGGCCUUUUACAGUGGGUGGUUUGUGAACCUUGAGGUCCUUUUGCCUCUUAAAGAAACCCAGAAAGCUCUGAUGCUAAGGCUUGACGGUGCCCUGCUGCACUGUUGAUGAGCAGCCCCAAGGAACCACCUUGGACACUUUGUGGAGGAAGUCCUUGCUCAAGCUUUAGCCAUUGGAGUUGAACCAGAGCUGGUAAGUUCCUUCCAUUACCACUUGUCCAUCUGAUCUUCCUUUUCCCAGAGCCUUGGUGUUUUAUGCUAAGGGCUCAGGCAACACCCUUUGCUCCAUCCUUCAGACUAGUGGCUUUGCAGUCAAGUUAGCCUGAUGAGCUCAGACACUGGAGCUUUCUUACCUGAUGAGACCCUCCUAUUUAACACAAGGUGUUCAGUGUAAAAGCCACUUGAAACAUUCUGAAAAAGCAGCCAGGUGGGGCUGGGGCUGUAGCUCAGUAGUAGUGCCUUUGCCUGGCACAUGUGAGGCACUGGGUUCAAUUUUCCGCACCACAUAUAAAGAAAUAAAAUAAAGGUCCAUCAACAACUAAAUAUGUGUGUGUGUGUGUGUGUGUGUAUAUAUAUAUAUAUAUAUAUAUAUAUAUAUAUAUAUAUAUAUAUAUAUAUAUAUAUAUAUACAUACAUACAUAUACAUACAUACAAAGACCCUUUAAAAAAAGAAAAAGCAGCCAAGUGUCCAUAUUAGUGUGCCGGAAGUUGGAAUUAAUAAAUUUUACCUUUUUAAAAAAUAUUUUUAUAGUAGAUGGACACAGUACCUUUAUUUUAUUUUUAUGUGGUGCUGAGGAUCAAAUUUAUGGUCAAAUGCCUCACAUGUACUAGGCAAGCACUCUACCAACUGAGCUACAGCCCCAGCCCCCGCCCCCAGAUUUUACCUUUUUAAAAAGGGGUUUAUAUAGGAAAAAAAAUAGUAGCAAACUAUUUGUGGCCCUCCCAGCCUAAAAUAUUUACUACCUGAUCCUUUAUAGCACAUUUUUUGAUCCUUGCGUGGUAGUCAUUCAAGGUCAGGUUGUAUAGAGAGGCACAAAUUUAUUUUAUGUAGUUUAGCAUUGCAACAAUUCUUUACCUAAGUUUUAAGAUAUCUUGUCUGUUCAUCUCAGUAUUCAGCUACUAUUGCAUAUUAUUCCUGAAGAAUGCUGUGCAUAAGAAAAAAAGAAAAAUACCUCCUUUUCUGAUUGAAUAUUUAUUGAUGCAUUGUGGACAUACAUAUGAUCAUAUCUACUAGAGUCUGUACUUAAAACUAAAAGAAGAAACUUUUUAAAUUAAAAGUCGUCUUCAAUUUUAUGAAUCCCAGAGAACUUGACUUUAUGGUAGACAUUCCACUAAUAGCAGUGCUCAACACAAGCUCUUUACUAACAGCCUAGAAUAGUGCCUCUCCCCAAAAGCACAGGGCCUGUUAAUUUUAUCCCCAGAGCCCUCCGCUCCUUGUUUCUAGGGCAAUUGGAAGUUUAUUACUCCCCAGGCUUCGGUCACUACUUGUGAAUAUGAAUGAAUGGUCUUUGCCUAUUCCAACCUGAAAUCCAGAUCUCACAUACUUCUUGAAAUACUAUUAUGUCAGUUGCACACCAGCAGCUUUAGUUGAACCAAGUUUAGGCACUCUUCCUGGCCCAUGAAGCAUGAUCCUGGUCAGGCCUGAAUUAGUUCCUAGUCUUAGGGGGGUCAUCCUUGGUACUUGCCCUUCCUCUUCCCUCUUGCUUAUGCCAUCAACUCCCUUCUGGGUGGCAUCUUCUCUGGGAUAGUCCCCUCCCCCAAGUGCUUCACUAAACUCAUAUAUCACAUAAAAAGCAUUUUUUCUCUUAAUAACUAUUUUUUCUUCUUCCAGUAUUUAGAUGUUAGGUCCAAGUACCGUUCACUUAACCUAUUUUCCAUCUCGUUUUUUUGUGAUCCACACCUUGUGUUACCUUGUAGCUGAAGCUGUAGUGUUUGGGAGCUAAUUUGUGGGAAACAUAAUAUACAAACAAGACUUGCAUAAUUUUAUAUAUUUAUACCACCUGUAGGAGUUAUUUUUAGAGCCACUGUUGUUUUAAGAUUAUUGAUUUCACUAGUGGUUCCUGCAUUCUAAAUAGUCUAGGAGACUUAUUGACUGGUUUCAAAUAUAUAUGAUACAUAUUUAUACACACCACUGUGGAAUUUAUUUCACUGUAAAUAAUGAUAUUUUCCUGUUCAAAUGCUUCUAUACAGAGUAUUUAUUUUAACAAAAAAAUAAUUAACUGUCAAAAGGGCUUUUCAGAAAUUGUUCAUUCUUGCCACUCAUCCUCCACAACUACUAUGCUCAGCUGUUGAACCCCAGACGACACAGUGAAGGCUGAAGGAUGUGGCCUUGAAAUCCUCACUGUACUUGGGCAGAUACAAUGUGGACUGGAACCUGAGCACUUUUCCCCACUAUUGCCUGUCCCAGAACAAAGUAGGACUUCCGCAGUGGGUAUGGCCCUGCCAGGCAUGGCAUCAGAGCCUGCCUUAGGCAGCCUGCUUCUUCCAUACAAAAUUGACAUGUUCAACUAUUCACUUCCACAGCCUGUGCAGGGAAAUAUGCCUUAGUUGUAGCCCCAAGGAACUCCAAACCCACUCCUGUGGGACAAGCAGGAACCACUGGUUGCCUGAAGACAGCAUUGAGGUGUGUGUGCUUUUUAAGUCUCACUCUUCCAGGUUUGUGAGAGACAUUUCUUCACACUCUGACCCAUGGGGGAGACACACGUUACCUUCUGUACCCUACAAUACUUGUGGGCACCUUCACUGUCCUCCUCCUCCUCCUCCCUCUCAGCAAGCAUCUGUAGAUGUGGGCCAGGCCCACCUGUGACCAUUGGUUACAGAAUGAGACCAUCUGUUCUAAGAUGUGUUCAGCUUUAGUUCUCAGGAGUCCUGGUCUGCAAUUCAGAGCACCCUAAUAUAGUGGAACCAAUGAUUCACAGUCAUGUUCCUUGUCCCUGUGCCCCACUCCUGGGCACUCCUGUCUGUCAUGAGAACUGCAGGGAGCCUUGAGACUAGGGCUACAGGGAUUUUUGUCAUUCAUUUGAACCAUAGUUUGCAUAUUUCCUAUGGCCUCCCUUUGUCUUUUUUAAACAAAUUAGGACACUUGAACAGUAAUGCUGGAGAAUGUUUUUCUAAGAUACUAUUUGUAAGCAAAUCUGCUUUUAAUAUGAAAUGUGAAUGGGUACUAGGUGCCAGGGAAUUUAGCACUGAACUUGAUAGUCAAGACUUUUUUAACCUUUGCAGGAAGAAAUAGAUUUUGCUCUCAUCUAAACGUUCACAAGAAGUAAUAUUGUAAAUAGUUUUCUAAAAAUAUUUAUUACAUGUGCUGUAUACAGGUUCAUGUUCUGAGUGAUGUUGGUUUGCAUUGUAGUAUUGUAGAAUAUAUUUUGAGCAUUGGACUCCCUUUCAUAACACAGUUCACACAUGGAGAAAGAGCAAAACCCAGCAGGUUGAGAGCUGUUUGGGGCAUUUGGUCUGAAAUGUAACAUCGAAUCCAAGCUUUAACUGUCCCCUCUUCUCAUGUGAUUCUGUUAUAUAUAUAUACAAAUGUAUGAUAAAUUGGUCAGUGGUCAAUACCCAAUCUGCAGAGCAGAUUUCCAGGUGUUCUUUCUGAUGUGUUGCCCUUAAGCAAUAAGACCCUAGGUAAUGACGUGUUCUAGGGUCCUCAUUGGCCCUUGUCUCAGAGGAUCAGGUGGGGGUAGAACAGCUCUUGCAAUGCCCUCUUGCCUUUGCCGGAGAGGUUGCUGUACUUGAAGUUUUGCUUCUGUUUGUCUGCACGCUCCCUCAUGUCACAAAACUCCAGCAAUGGAUGAGAAAUCUGCCAGCACCAGACACAUCAAAAGUGAGCAUGUAAAUCCAGAAGUUAGCAAUUUUCCAUGAAUUGAUAAAAGUUUCCAGAAAGUAGUUGAGGCAAACAAAGCUCAUUUGGCUAUAAAGUGAAUGUAAGAACUUUUCACAUGAGAAAUGUAAGUGGAUAACUAAAUGUUUCCAACCCACCUUUAAGAAACUAGCCUAUUUCCUACCAUCCUCCUCUGCCAGGGCUUGAAACAUCUCCAGCCCUUGUGUCUGGGCCUAGCCCUAACUUAGGUCAGUGGAAAGAGGCAGUCACUCCUCCAAUUCUCUCAGCGUGUCCAGCUCAACAGGUUUCUAAAGCUGUUAAAGCAACCUCUCCUUGUGACCGUCCUAGACUUUGUGAAAAAGAAAUACCCCACACCCAAGUAACCUUUAAUAGAAGUAAUGUAGUUUUUUAGGCUUUUGGAAUAUGUCUUCUCUUUUGUAUUUAUGAUGGUGUUUGGAAUUUUUCACUAGUGUUUUUUUAGAUUGAAGUGGGUGCAUUGGGAUAAACCUUUCCAUUGCUGAGCUCGAAAGCAAGCAAAGAGGAAAGAAAUUGACCUAUAUUGUAUCUUUGGGAAGGUGACUACUUUUGGUGGUGGGGGUGGGGGAGGGUGUUGUAGAUUAUGUGGAGGUAAAAUAGAAUUCUGGCCUAAGGCUCCCCAAGUCUUUAAUACUUUGUAAUAAAAAUCCCCUUAUUAGCCUCACUUAAUCUCAAUAGAAGCCUGCUGUUUACCCUCAGGGAACAAGUAGUUUUCAAAAUUGAGCUCCUCCAAGGUCAAUGGCCAGUGCCCGUGAGCAUUGGUCGUCUUUGUGAACUCAAUGGCAUUAUUUUCCCAUAUGCAUUAUGAUAUUAAGAAAUUCAACCCUAACCUGUAUUAAAAGCACAGCCCAGGGUCCUAACUGAGGCUAAAUCAAUGCCUUUGCAGGGCCAAGGGGUCAUAGGAGGCCCAUACAAUUUAACUGAAGCUCAGGUGCCGUGUGGAUUUUUAUUUUUAGGCCAUGACCCUUCAGAACGUGUGAGGGCAGGGGCUGCUGAUCCGGCUGUGGAUUCAGGGAGCUCUAAAAUUAAUCUCUACCGUUCCUUUAAAGGUCUUUCUGGUUCCUCCCAGUGAUGUCAUUGCCGAGGUCAAUCUUGUAGUUGUUCAGAUAUGCUCCUUUUUGGUGUCUUGUGAGUCUUAGCCAGUGUUCCAGAUGCCCAAGGUCAGGGCCUCUGGAGGGCCCAGCCCCUUCCUGGUACCAGGUGUGUGCUCCCAGCCUGUGUGAAGAUAGUCCUUCCAAAAGCAGUGAAAUAAGAAAUUCUGCAAAUGGUAACCUGGAAGAUAAGCGUGCGUCCCUUGGGCCUGGAUUUCCACUAUGUUAGUGAGUGUAGGAAGAUACUGUGUCUUUAAUGGAUGAAAAUUCAAUGUAUGCUGUGAAUUUGUUGGUUUGAAACAUUGAAAAUUUUUCAUUAGACAAUGUUUACAUACCUCACCUGAAGAACCUUUGAGAGUGUAUAUAUGGAAAUUUUAAAAUAUAUUAAGUUGCUUUAAAACAAUAUGUAUAGGUAUAAAAGUGGGAGUUAUUUUAACUUUGAAUAUGUAUCAAGUCUCUUAAAUAUUGAAAUCUUGUAGGCUUUUUGUGCUUCUGUGUUUUACUUUCCUGUUAUAUCAUGUAGGACACUGUGUUCUUGUUAUUGGUGAUGGGGCCCACACUGAAAUCCAGGCUUGGAAGGAUUUCCUGUGUUGUUUCAGAUUUUCUUGUUUGGUUUUGAGGGAAGGGGUAUGGAGCUAAAGGAUGUGUGGGAGGAUUUCUCUAACAUUGACACCUAUUUCAUGAGCUUUUUAAGGCGCUUAUUUUACUGCAGCGUAUUAAACUUCUUUGAUAUUAAA